GUUUUGAACUUUUGAUUGUCUUUCUUCACAUCAUCCGAUUUCUAUCAGGGUUUGCAUUUUUUAUCGAUUCGCCCCCGUUUUCAACAAUUGUCUUCAUCUAAGCCCCUGUUCCGUUAUAAUAGAAGACCUCUCCGCCUUCUCUAAUCCGUUCAUCCCCCAAUCCAAGCCCACUGCUUAGGGUUUUUCCCCGGAUUUCGUUUGCUGUCAACCAGGACCCGAAUUUGGGUCUUGAGUUUCGGGUUCGAGUUGAAGAUCCGUUUCGGGGGUUGUAACUCGUAAGCGGUGGAGAUGAGUACUCAGAAGAAGAGGAAUUUUCAGAUAGAGGCGUUUAAGCACCGGGUUGUGGUGGAUCCGAAGUAUGCAGAGAAGACUUGGAAGAUUCUGGAACAUGCAAUCCAUGAGAUAUACAAUCAUAAUGCCAGUGGGCUUAGUUUCGAAGAACUGUACAGGAAUGCUUACAAUAUGGUGCUGCACAAAUUUGGAGAGAAACUCUACUCUGGACUAGUUUCAACUAUGACUCAUCAUUUGGAAGUUAUAUCAAAAUCGAUUGAAGCUGCUCAAGGAGGAUUGUUUUUGGAAGAACUGAAUAGGAAAUGGGCAGACCAUAACAAGGCAUUGCAAAUGAUCCGAGACAUAUUGAUGUACAUGGACAGGACUUUCAUUCCAAGUACUCACAAGACCCCAGUUCAUGAACUUGGUUUGAAUUUGUGGAGGGACAAUAUCAUCCAUUCUGCCAAAAUCCAGACAAGGCUUCAAGAUACGCUUCUUGAUCUCGUGCUGAGAGAGAGGACUGGUGAGGUAAUAAAUAGAGGCUUGAUGAGGAAUGUUAUAAAGAUGCUAAUGGAUUUAGGUUCUUCUGUUUAUCAAGAUGACUUUGAGAAACAUUUUCUUGAGGUCUCAGCUGAUUUUUACCGUGCAGAGUCUCAGCAGUUCAUUGAGUGCUGUGAUUGUGGUGAAUAUUUGAAGAAAGCUGAGAGACGUUUAAAUGAAGAAAUGGAGAGAGUGUCCCAUUACUUGGAUGCCAAAAGUGAAGCCAAGAUAACUAGUGUUGUGGAAAAGGAGAUGGUUGAAAGUCACAUGCAGAGACUAGUCCAUAUGGAGAACUCAGGUUUGAUUAAUAUGCUUGUGGAUGACAAAUAUGAAGAUUUGGGAAGGAUGUAUAGCUUGUUUCGCAGGGUGCCUAAUGGGCUAUUUAUAAUAAGAGAUGUCAUGACUUCCCACAUCAGGAGUACUGGUAAGCAGCUUGUUACUGAUCCAGAAAGGUUAAAGGAUCCUGUAGACUUUGUACAGCGACUCUUGGAUGAGAAGGAUAAAAAUGAUAAGAUAAUCAAUUUGGCAUUUAAUAAUGACAAGACAUUUCAGAAUGCUUUAAAUUCCUCUUUUGAGUACUUCAUUAAUUUGAAUUCUCGCUCCCCGGAAUUUAUUUCUUUGUUCGUGGAUGACAAGCUUCGGAAAGGACUGAAGGGGGUCAGUGAGGAGGAUGUGGAAAUUGUUCUAGACAAGGUGAUGAUGCUUUUCCGAUACCUCCAAGAGAAAGAUGUGUUUGAGAAAUACUACAAGCAACACUUGGCAAAGAGGCUUCUGUCAGGAAAAACUGUCUCUGAUGAUGCUGAGAGAAGUCUGAUAGUUAAGCUCAAAACAGAAUGUGGAUAUCAGUUUACUUCAAAAUUAGAAGGCAUGUUUACUGACAUGAAGACAUCGGAGGACACAAUGCAGGGUUUCUAUGCAAGCUCAUUUGCUGAAACAGGGGAUGGCCCUACACUUGCUGUCCAGGUUCUCACCACAGGGUCUUGGCCAACUCAGCCAAGUGCUACGUGUAACCUUCCAGCAGAAAUCCUGGGAGUGUGUGAGAAGUUUCGAGGCUAUUAUCUUGGGACCCACACUGGGAGGAGAUUGUCUUGGCAAACAAAUAUGGGUACGGCUGAUUUGAAGGCAACAUUUGGCAGGGGCCAGAAGCAUGAACUGAAUGUUUCCACACAUCAGAUGUGUGCUCUGAUGCUGUUCAAUAAUGCUGAUCGCUUGAGUUAUAAAGAAAUAGAGCAAGCUACAGAGAUCCCUGCCUCAGACUUGAAGAGGUGCCUGCAGUCUAUGGCCUGUGUUAAGGGAAAGAAUAUUCUCAGGAAGGAGCCCAUGAGUAAGGACAUAGCUGAGGAUGAUGCAUUUUUUGUCAAUGACAAGUUCUCAAGCAAGUUUUACAAGGUGAAGAUAGGUACUGUAGUUGCACAAAGAGAGUCUGAACCAGAAAAUCAAGAGACUAGGCAGAGAGUGGAGGAGGACAGGAAGCCCCAGAUUGAGGCUGCAAUAGUGAGAAUCAUGAAGUCUAGGCGGGUGCUAGAUCACAACAAUAUUGUGGCCGAGGUCACAAAGCAGCUGCAGUCAAGGUUUCUGCCCAGCCCUGUUUUGAUUAAGAAGCGAAUAGAGUCCCUUAUUGAGCGGGAGUUUCUAGAGAGGGACAAAGUGGACAGGAAAUUAUAUCGAUAUCUUGCUUGAAGAAAUGAGUUGCGUUGCGUGAUUGUUUCAUUCUGGUCAAUGCUUGACAAGGCUUUUGCUUUGGAACCAUAUCCUCCUUUCUUGUAAGCUAUAAAGUUAUCGAGUAAUUGCAGGCUUAGUUGGUUUUAAAGAAAACUUACCAUCACAUUUGGAGCCUGUGUUGUUUUAUUCAUUCUGGUUUAAAUGCCCCAUUUUGAUUUUCCCCUACCUAUUGAUAGAUCCAAAGGUUUGCUUGUUCUUUAGCAGUACCAUCAUAUGUAAUAGAAGGUCAAAGUUAGCUAGAAAUUCUUAACAACUGAAGCUUUCAAUGGUCUGAAAAGUGGUUUUUAGUAUCUUUUCCC